UAAUCUUGUAAUUUUGUAGUUCUUGUUCACUAAAUUCAUGCUAAUGUUGGGUUUUUGAGCUAGCACCCAAUGGACUCCCAUUUACUUGCCUUGUCCCAGAAUGCAUUGUGCACAAUGGACAUUAAUGCAAAUCCAAUAGAGUUUUCCAUCUCCAAAGUAUCUCUGGGCGCAUCAACGUUACACGUCCAUGCUGACAUCUGGAAUGGUGCAGUUGGGUAUAUAAAUAGUGCAGUGCGUCGAAGUACUCAUGAAUUGUAUUGAUUACCCUUUGCUGUGUCAUAUCAAUAUUGCCACUAAUACAUUAGUUGUGUUAGAUAGCCUACAGCCAGUAUGUUGAUCGGAUGCCGGAGAAGAGGACGUCAAUCCACCAGACUGAAGGUAGCACUCAUGCUCUUAGUAUUCAGUUGUCAAUUGCUCCAUGUUCUCAGCGAAAAAACUCCCUCUGCUAUGACUGUCGUGGAGAGCCCUGAGGCCAGCCUGGAGGGUGAGGAGGAUGCCCACGUGGAAGAGGGAGAUUCUGAGGAUUUGGAUGUAUUCCAUCCAACAGAUAAGUGGAAGACUCUCAAAUCAGGUCAUGGGGUCCCAAGGGGCUUUGACCUCCAGACUGGACAGAGGGAGGUCAAACUUGGGGAACACCAGACUCCUAAAUACCAGAUAGAUGGACAAAGACAGGGGAAGGAGAACACACAGGGCCCAUCCGUCAGCGCUGAGGAGCUGAAGAAGGCUUUGAAAAAUAUCAAAGAAGGAGUGGAUCCCAAAACCAGUGACAAAGAAGAGAAGGAGGCUCUCAGGGCCCAGUUUCAUCCCAUGGAUGAGCUGAAAAAAGACAUGGUCAGGCUAGACAUGCUGAUGGAGUCAGACUUCCAGAUUAUGAGCAGACUGGUGUCCCAAUUCAACAGCUCUAACGCCACUGUGGAGGAGAAGGUUAAAGCUCUACAUGACUUAGAGUACCUUGUUCAUCAGGUGGACAAUGCACAGAACCUGGCAUCUAGCGGAGGGUUGAAGCUUGUAGUUGAUGCAUUGAACAGCACAGACUAUCGACUUCAAGAGAGUGCUUCUUUCGUUCUGGGAUCAGCUCUAUCAAGUAACCCGGUGGUGCAGGUGGAGGCAGUUGAAAGUGGUACCAUUCAGAAGCUGUUAAUGUUACUUGCCACUCCACGACCCAUGUCUGUUAAAAAGAGGGCGUUGUUUGCUGUGGCCUCUUUGCUACGUCACUGCCCCUUGGCCCAAAGCCACUUCCUGAAACUGGGUGGGCUGCAAGUGUUGGGGGAUAUUUUCCGAGCAUCUGGAGGUGGGGCUCUCCGUGUGAGGAUUGUAACCAUACUCUAUGACAUGAUCAACGAAAAGGAGCUGAUCUCUCAGACUGGACUUGACCCCAUCCCUGAUGCAUCUCACAAUGAGCGUUUGCGGCAGUAUGCGCAGGUCUCCCUCCAGCCACUUUUGGCAGAGCAAGGCUGGUGCAGUCUGGUACCUGAACUGUUGGCCUCCCCAGAGCACGACUGGAAGGAAAAGGCCCUGAGAACUAUCCUGGCCAUGAUGCCUCACUGCCAGACUCAGUAUCGAAAGGAUUACGCCCUGUCUUCCUCCCUCAGCGCCCUACAGGAGCAGUACCAGGAGCUGGUGCUCACAGAGCAGGUCCUCGGUGACGAGGAUGGAUACUUUGGGGAGAUUCUGGCUCUGUUGGAGACAGUGGUGCUGAAACUGAAACAAGUGUAGGGCUGGGUGAAAACCCUUAUCAAAGGACAAUUACAGAAAUGCAUUCUAGUUUUGCGGCUGUGUUAUAGGAUCACACAUUUGCAAAUGACAAGGUUGCCUUUCGGUUGCUUAGCCUUCCUUACACCUUUUUUCUCCAUCUGCGAUACAAGCCAAGGCACGAUGCGUCUCAAAAUAAGGCUCUCCAGUCCUCCUUGAGGAAUGCAUUCAGCUGGGCUAAAAGACAGUAUUUCUCCUUAUAUGGCAUUUGUGUUCCUUGUUCAGUGUGCUCCAUCUAUCUUGUUAGUGGAUUGUCCACUGUGAGACUAGUGUGCCUAGUCAGUGCCUGCUGUAAGCAGUACUUACUUCCCUAUGCUAUUAGGUUUCAUGAGAGACUGUACAGGUUCAUGUUUUGUCAUUUUAUUAGUCUAAAGUUUUCCACAGAUUUGGAAAGCCAAUGUCCAGUCAGUGAUACUCUUUGCACUGCAUCAUUCCGGCAGGAAGGAAAGGUAUCCAGAGAGAAUUCUUUGUGCCUCACACAUGCCUGCAUGCUUGACCAGGACUUGCUUGUGUUUGAGCCUGUCAAAAAGAGAUGUGUUCUGUAAACUGCUUAAAAUAGAAGGUUCAAAUAUGGCACCUUCAAUUCCAAAAGGCAUGAUUGAAUGUAAAAUGGUAAACAGAAACUGAGAAUAAUUGCGCAUAAUAUUGAGUCCAGCUCUCAAAUACACACAAUUUAUUCUAAUGAUUUGAAAUGUCUUAACUAAGUUAUUUGUUUACUAUGUAUUUUGUUUACUUGUUUGAUAAGAAUAAAUCCGUUGGGUAAAGCCACUGCUAAUAAUC